AAAAGUCAUUUUUCUUGCGCUACCUUGAAAAUAAAGUGGAGGCUGGUGGAAAACGCUUCUUAAGUCAUGUACAUUUUUUACAACAUGACUCUGUUUCCGUGGGGCAGCUAGGAGUCUAAAUAUCCACGUGAGACUCCUUGGAGAUCGGGCUGUUGGUUAGGCGACACGCUGUGGAUGAUACAUUUCAGCUAGCCUAAAGCUGCUAUAGUUAGCUAGCUACUACUCGCCAGGUUUGACUUUAUUGUGCUUUCCAAGCUGAUAGCGCAGUGAGUGAUGUGGAAAGUAACGUUUCAAGCGUUCGGUGUUUUGCUGUUGGCGUGGUUGUUGGGAAACUUUGUUCUGGGUUGGUUUCAGCAAAACACCAAACCCCAAACGCAGCACAGCGAGCAGCAUCCGAGCAGAACCUCGGAGAGCCAGGACCAGAGCUGCUUCUGUCAUCUCACAGGCGUCCUGGAUGACUGCUUCUGUGACGUCGAAAGCAUCGACAUUUUCAACAACUUCAAGAUCUACCCUCGCAUCAGGAAGCUGACAGAGAGAGACUACUUCAGAUACUACAGGGUGAACCUGAAGCGACCGUGUCCUUUCUGGCCUGAUGACGGACACUGCUCCAUCAAAGACUGCCACGUGGAGCCCUGCCCAGAGAGCAAGGUUCCUGUUGGCAUCAAGUCUGGGAACUACAACAAGUACUCGCAGGCGGCCAAUACGAUGUCGGACGUGGUGGAGUGCCAGCAGGCCAAGGAGCUGGGGGCCAUCAACAGCACCCUGAGUAACCAGAGUAAGGAGGCGUUCGCUGACUGGGCGAGACACGACGACGCUCAGGAUCACUUCUGUGAGCUGGACGAUGAGACGUCUCCAGAUGCAGAGUAUGUGGAUUUGCUCCUGAAUCCGGAGCGAUACACCGGAUAUAAGGGUCCUUCAGCCUGGAGAGUGUGGAACAGCAUCUACGAGGAGAACUGCUUCAAGCCCAGGUCGGUGUAUCGACCUCUGAACCCUCUGGCUCCCAGCAGAGGAGACGAUGAUGGGGAAGGUUUCUACACCUGGCUUGAAGGUUUAUGUUUGGAGAAGAGAGUUUUCUACCGACUCAUCUCAGGCCUCCACAGCAGCAUCAACAUCCACCUGUGUGCCGAGUACCUGCUGGACGAGGGAUGGGGACGCUCAGUGUGGGGUCCAAACGUCCAGGAGUUUCGUCAGCGUUUUGACAUGGCAGAGACAAAGGGGGAGGGCACGCGACGCCUGAAAAACCUCUACUUCCUGUACCUGAUCGAGCUGCGGGCGCUCUACAAGGUGGCGCCGUACUUUGAACGAGCCAUCGUCAACCUAUACACAGGAAAUGCUCAGGAGGACGGAGAGACCAAAGACCUGCUGCUGCAGAUCUUCAAUGAGAUCAAAGCCUUCCCCAUGCACUUCGAUGAGAAGUCCAUGUUUGCUGGACACAAACUGGAAGCCAAAACAUUAAAGGAGGAGUUUCGUCUCCAUUUCAAGAACAUCUCCAGGAUCAUGGACUGUGUGGGCUGCAGUAAAUGUCGCCUCUGGGGGAAACUGCAGACUCAGGGUCUCGGUACUGCUCUGAAGAUCCUCUUCUCUGAGAAGGAGAUCAAGAACCUUCCUGAACACAGCCCAUCCAAAGGCUUCCAGCUUACUCGUCAGGAGAUCGUGGCCUUGAUGAACGGCUUCGGCAGGUUAUCCACCAGCAUAUAUCAGCUCCAUCACUUCCGUCAGCUGUUGGAGGAGAAAAGGUAACAGGAGGCGAUGCUCCACCUGGACAGCAGGCGUCACCGUCCCACACUGCAACAGUCUACCUGCUCUCAGAAGAAGGCCUCCUGCAUGGACCUGAGGACCAGCCGUGACCCCUGUUUUUGUCCCAUGAACCGCCCCUCUAUAAGCCCCUCCCCCCGUCACACAUCAUGAAUGUUAAUUCUUCAGCCUCCUCUCGCCUUCAUCAGAAAAUAUUUGGAACAUUUAAACCGACACGUUUUUCUCUACUCUUGAAACUUGUCCUCGAAUUAUUUUUGAAAAGAAAAAAGCAGCAGAUGUUGAUGUAGAGCAACGGGAACAGAGCGAGGCCUUGGCGACGAGAGGCCCGCCGCAGCAGGAGACUGUGGUUUACAGCUGCUGGGGAGAUCCGCCCUCUGCUGACCUCACAUCCUGUUGUCUUUUAUACUGACACCUGAUUUCCUGUAGAAGAAGGAAGGACUCUGCUAGGGUGGGCGCCAAGCCUGCCAGCGCACAGCUGCCUGUGUUUGUGUUUGUCUUUACUUUUUACUGUUGUUGCUCCAAGUCUGCUCGUGUCUGCCACCUCAGGCCUGACUCAUGUCAGCUCACUGUGUGUGUGUGUUCCUGUCUAGCUAUCUUUGUGAGGACUGAAAUCUGCAUUCUACUAUACUUGUGAGAACCAACAGUCACUUGUGACACACUCACCGGUCCUCACAAGUUUGAAGCCUUUUUGAGGCUCAAAAUGUGGUUUUAGUGUCAGGGUUACAGUUAGGUUAUGGUUAGGUUUAGGGUUAGGCAUUCAUUUUUAAUGGUUAGGGUAAGGGGCAAGGGAAAGCAUUAUGUCAAUGAAGGUCCUCACUAAGAUAGCUGAAUGGAGUUGUGUGUGUGGUGUGUGUGUGUGUGCACAGAUAGUCUUCUCUCACGUCCAGCCUCACUGCAUCAAACCAGUGAUGGAGACAGUCAGUGUGUCCCUGACGUCUUUGAUUGUCGGCCCUCAGAACGCCAGGCUUCAGUCCUGACUAACUCGGCCCUCAUAGGAGUUCAUAUUUGUUUGUUUUCAUCAGUAACAAAUGUUGAUGUAAUCAUUUGUUUGUAAAAUAAUGGGUGGAUAGAGGCAGCAUGAAGCCAGCUGAAGCUUGGAGGGUUACCCACAUUGCUGAGCAUGUGUAGGACAGACACGCCUCGGUCAGACUUCACUGGAUGUGCACGCCGCUUAGUGACUGCUGCCAGGACUUCAAACGUCUCACCAACUGUCACAGGAAUCAGAUACCUGCACCUUCAUCAUGUGUGUGUGUUUGUGUGUUGGCCAGUACAGAGAAGCUGAUGGGACUGCUGUUUCCUGCUGUGUGGGUGGGUGAGCCGUGCUGCUCAGGCUCCACUUAGCUCGCUUUGCUGCUGUUUGGCUCCAGGUCUGUUGGCUUAAAGACACAUUUGUUUAGAAAGUGUUAGAAAUGAGUUUUUGCUUCAGUAUUUUAUUCACACUGUAAACGGGAUUUAUUCACACAGAAAUCAAACGUCUUUUCAUACGAGUGAAGCUGAGGAUGACAAGCACAGGUUCAGGGGUGCUGUGAGGAAAAGCAGCUGUGCAUGAUUCACAGCUCUAAUCAUAUAGAUCCAUACAUGUUAAUAGAACACAAAUAAACCGCCAUGUCAGCCCCACAGGGAUUGAAAAAGAUCCACCUCCUCCUCAAACUAAUCAUGUAAUGUCUUUUUCAGACGAACUCUUUUGUUUGCUCAGCAGUUAAAGCAGCAGGUGGACCAAAGAAUUCUGGGUUGCCUUUAUUUGAAUUUUUAUCCUUUUGUUUGUUGAAGAUGCCCCGAAGCUAUUUUGAGCUGUUACUUCCUGAUUCUUUGAGUAGACAUUUAAAAACAAGCAGAAUAAAAGAUGUGAUGCAGCAUCAGAACCACAGUGCAGCUCUGGCAGCUUCUUUAAUGCUCUUUGUUUUCUUUGUAAAAUUAAAGUAAAAAUAGGAAUGUCAUCCAGCUGCAGCUCUGUGUGUGUGUGUGUGUGUGUGUGUGUGUGUGUGUGUGUGUGUGUGUGUGUGUGUGCGCGCAGAGGGGCAUGCCAGGUUGUUCACCUGUUUGUGAUGCUUGGUGAAGCUCACUGCUGGGUUGUUAGCUGAGUCAGUAAUGCCACCAUGAUGGACCAGAAAGAUUUUUUUCAAAAGACCUUAAAGAUCAUUUCAGGAAUUCACAUUUUUUUAAAGCACAGGUGAGUUAAUAAUGCAGCUUUAUAAGGUGUGCCACCUAAUCAUAAUCAUAAGUUUUCAUUCUAAUGCUAAACAAAAAUAACAUUCGCAGCUUUCAACAACAGAAACCUAAAACUAAGAAAUCAGUUUGGUUUUUACAUUUUUAUGUAUUUUUUGGUUUUUGUUGUUGAGCUGGGAAGAUGAUAUGUUAGUGAUGCUGAUGUGAGAGGGUCACGGGAGCUGCCGCAGGGCGAGAGGCGGCGUACGCUGCACAGGUCUGUAGCGAGGCUGAUGCUGAGACACCUGGAAAAUGUAAGAAUAGCUCGAAGCUUUCAGAAUCAAAGAUUUCAGAUUCAGAAUCCAGAUGUUGUGAUCAUGUGACCAAUCAGUUAUUGAUGCAUUAUUAUUGGUUACUCUCAGUCGGCUAGAAGCCAAUAAGACAGCAGAUGAGGUGUGUGCUGUGUACUGGUCAGACAUGCAGUGAUACCUGAGUUUCAGAGCACACACCUCCCACUGUGGCAGUGAGUUAGCCCACUUUAGGCCAGUGGCGGCUGACUGGUUAUUUGAGAGUAGAUAUAAAGUUACCCAACAUUAGUUUCAGUUUGUGGCUCAGCCUCCAUCAGAGACGAGCAGGGAGACGUUAUCUCUGUGUGUGAGAGAGAGAGAUGUGCUUGCCUUUCUCUGAGCCUCGCUUGCCCAGCAGCAGUCUUGUACAGUCCACUCACCAGCCUUAAAAAACCAAACCAGUUCAGAAGUUCGACACAAAAGGGUCAAAAAGGGUGUACCUGUGAACUUUAUUUAUUUGACAAGAGGAAUAAAUAUUUCUGAACCCAAAUGUGGUGUUUACUUAUUCUCUCCAUUUCCUUUUUUCUGACACUGAUUUAUUGUGUCUGCCCCAAAACUGAGUGCUGUCCUUCACUGGCUGUAUGUCUUUAUUUCACACCACAAACACACAAAAGCUCAACAACAAAACAUGUGAUGUGUUACAAAUCUUACAAAAGCAGUAAAUCUGUUAGAAAUCUGGAGCUGAAGCUUGUCCCGAGCCAUGCAGCACACACUGAUGGGUGUGCUUUGGAAACGGUGAUCGAUACCCAACCUUGAAGUGAUUUUCAGAUGUGGAUAUACAACACGUGGAGUGAUUGGCUACCUGGUUACUGUUUAAAUCAGUGUUGUUUCCACACGUGUGGCUUCUUCACCAACUCUUCCUGCUUUUCUCACAAAGUAAAAAGAUAAAAACUUUCAUGAGCUUUUCAAGGAUUAAGGAAAAUGAUCUGCUAGUUCCUUUUAGAAAUACUACCUACAGCCCUCCAUUAACACUGAAUACUUUCUUCAAAGUGACUAAUAAGUAGUUUUGAUCAUUUCUGCCUGCCUUUUCCCACUUCAUGAAUUGCACUGAAGCAUUCUGAGCUGCCUAAGAAUCCUUUCAGUUUAGUUUCAGUUUCCAAGGAAUGCUCCAAGAUGUCACGUAAUGACAGAACAAUGUUUACAGCAACGUGUCCAGGAGGGGUGACAGACCGCCUUCAAAAGUGUAAGGAAACAAAGUCUGCCAAAUGCAGAUAACCCCAGAGUCACCACUGAGAGUUCACACCGGUCUAAUUUCUUUCAUCUGAAAUAAAAUGAACAAGUGUUGAGCAAAGCAAAGUUUGAUCCUGGUUAUUGGUUCUCCAAUCAGCUGAUUUCAGUUGGUGUGCAGGAGGAGGAAAAUAAUGGCUCAGUCUGCAGCGUGAGCAUGGAUGUUACUUUUAUUAUUAUUGCACAAAGGACGAGAGCGUGAUGGUAAAGUGUAAACUGGACACAAAAAGCUGCAUUAUGCUGCUAACACAGCAUCAGCUGCACAGACAGCAUGCUAACACCAUGUUUACUCUGUGCUCAGACCUGAAUACUGACACACAGAUCACAUGUGUGUAUCCUACAAACCAGCACCUGGGUUUAUGUUGUUUCAGGUCAUUUUAGGGAGAAAUGUUAAAAUAGUGUAAUGAGCAGCAUAAUGAAUUCUUUUCUACUAGAAUUAGUUGAUGUGCUGUGUAACCUUUAAGAAAACUGUUCUGUGUAAUUUGUAACACAAAUCACAGCAAAGAGGGAAACACUUCCAGCAUUCACAAACAUUUGACCAGACACCGUGUAAUUAAUCAUGUGAUGUGCUGCUUAGAGAUGGUGGAGCCUCUCAAAGCAGAGCCAAUGAGAACCCAGUGAUAAUGGAUAAGAAACUCAGUAAGGGAUUGAUUCAAUGAGUGAUAUCAACAAUUGUCAGAAUUGCUAAAUUUUCAUCAAUAUUCAUCCCUAUUAGCACGUGAGCAUUUGUGCAUUAUCGUCACAGCAACAGCGUUCUGCCACUUCAAAGAAACCAAAAUAGAAAUCUCUGCCACACAUCUGUGCUCCGUUUUUCAGACAGAGCAGAUUCAGUGAGAGCACACACAACCCACGGACGGAUGGAUGGAUGAACUGAUGGACGGAUGGAUUGAUGGAUGGAUGGACAGACGGAUCGAUGGAUGGACGGACGAAUCAAUGGACGGAUGGAUGGAUGGACGGACGGAUGGACGGACGGACGGAUGGAUGGACGGAUCGACGGAUCGACGGAUGGAUGGAUGGACGGACGGAUGGACGGAUCGAUGGACGGACGGACGGACGGAUCGAUGAAUGGACGGACGGACGGAUCGAUGGAUGGAUGGACGAAUCGAUGGACGGACGGAUGGAUGGACGGACGGAUGGACGGACGGAUGGACGGACGGAUGGACGGACGGACGGACGGACGGAUGGAUGGACGGACCGACGGAUGGAUGGACGGAUCGACAGAUGGAUGGAUGGACGGAUGGACGGACGGACGGAUGGAUGGACGGAUCGACGGAUGGACGGAUGGACGGAUGGACGGACGGACGGAUGGAUGGACGGAUCGACGGAUGGAUGGAUGGACGGAUGGACGGACGGAUGGAUGGAUGGAUGGACGGACGGACGGAUGGAUCGACGGAUGGACGGACGGACGGAUGGAUGGACGGAUGGAUGGACGGACGGACGGAUGGAUCGACGGAUGGACGGACGGACGGAUGGACGGACGGACGGAUGGACGGACGGACGGAUGGACGAAUCGAUGGACGGAUGGAUGGACGGAUGGAUGGACGGAUGGACGGACGGAUGGAUGGACGGAUGGACGGACGGAUGGAUGGACGAAUCGAUGGACGGAUGGAUGGACGGACGGACGGAAUUUUUAAUGAAGCAUUUUGUGCAUCUCCGUCUUUUAAAAAGCUGCAGAGGUCUUCUCCAUUGAAGAUAUUUGAACACAUUAUUAAAUUGUUACU